AGAAUGGAGAGAAAAAUAAUUGGUUCCGGAUUUCAAGUCGCCGUGAUAGCGGGAACAUCACUGCAACUAUCAUUUAACAGAAAUUUGGACCUAUUACAGAUUCCUCUUUUAAUGUUUAAGAUUGGCCCGUUCUUCUAUUCUCUGAACUCAUCGAGGUGAUACUGAUAAGGUGUUAGAUUAGAUGAUGGUGGAUACUAACGUCAACGCAUACGAAGGUCAAGAGCUAGCCUACACGGGGGAGGCAAUCACUUCCACCACCAAGAAAACAAACUGGGGAGUCAACGUGUGGAGACAAUGGGCAGCUAAGAACGGCGAGACUAGACCUUUAGAGACGGUUUCUUUCGAGCAGCUUAAUAAACUUCUCUGCAGAUUCUACGCUGAAAUAUGCAAGGUGUCCGGAGAGCCGUACGAAGCGGAAUGUCUCCGACUAAUGAGGAAGAGCAUUGAGAGGUACCUCCAGGAGAACACGAUCGGUGAAGUGUCCUUGAAACGUGAUCCUACCUUCAGAGAAAGCAACUUGGUCCUUAAACAGAGAAUGAGAGCUCUCAUGUUGAGGGGAAACAGAAAACAGCAGCUUGUUCAGAUAAACAUAAGCGCAAAAGAAGAAGACUUGUUGUGGAGAAGUGGACAGCUGGGAAACCAGUCCGCUCUGGCGCUUCUCAAUGUCAAUCUCCUUAACUUGGUGAAGAGGAUGGGGAUCAAGGGUAGAAAGGAUCUCUACAUGCUCCGAGUUGAGGAUUUUGAGGUGAGAGAGGAACAGGGGGUAGUGAGGGUGAUCUGCACGAAACCCAGCGCUGGGGGUACUGAGAAUCUCCGCUCAAUGAUCGCUAAUGCUAACGAGGGCGAAAAGUGUCCAGUAUUCCUGUUCCGAGAGUUCCUGCGACACCGCCCAAAACACAUGCGAGGUAUUGGACCUCUUUUCCUGGCUCUCUCAAACUUCACAACUGACGCUGAUGUUUGGUACAGACCUGUGAGACUCAGUGAAGCUACUCUGGGAUCUAUUAUCCGACAGAUGGCGAAUGCAGCCAGAACAAUGGGACUAAGUGGAAUGCAAAAUCUGAAUAACGGAGAUGGGAAAAUAAAUGUCCAACACGGUGGUAACAAUCAGAUGAAGAUGGAAACAGAGAAUUCACCCGCUAACAAUCAGAAUAAUCAAGUGAUGGGAACAUUCUCGACAGUCCCCACCAACACAUUCGAUGAGAACGAUUACCUUUCUUCGGCUGAUGCCAGUAUUUUAGCUCAGUACUACGGCGAUAAAGGUUACCCUCCGACCAUGGUCCGUUCCAACAUGGUGGACCCUAAGAUUCAGCAGGACAUGAAACUAACCCACGACAACAUACUGCAGAGUCUAGCUACCAGUCUCUCUAGCACCCUCUCCCAAGCUGCCGCUCCUGAUUUCAACCUGGCUGCUGUCGCUACUUCUCUCGCUAACUUUCAGGGUAACCCCUCACUGAUACAAGGAGCUCAGAUAAUGAUGAUCCCAGAACCAGCACCCCUCCCUCCUCUCGCUACCGGCCCCUCUCAACAUCCAGCCACCCCUCCUCUCUCCCACCCACUCUCCCAGUCCUCCUCCCUUUCUCAGUCUCAUAUCCCCAAUGUGGUGAUCACCAGUAACAUGCACCACCAGCCUAUACCUGUGUGCACCAAAUCUCCUGUACAGUGCCGUACACCAGACAUGUCUAAAAAGUCACCAGUCGAAUCCACCCCUUCCCCGAAUUCAGAAGUGAUCAAGGACUGCACAAUAAAUAUAACCUCUAAAACAGCGGACUCGAUCAAACAGGAAAGAAUGGAGUACAGUGAGUUUGUGAAUAAGGACUCCUCGACUCUGUUACCGGACUCCAAAAUUAUUCACACCGAGAUCAAGGACAUAAUGUGUGUAUUGAAACAGGGUUCAGCCAGAUUUGUUAAUUGUACUUUUAAUUUUAACUUCCCCAAUUAAGUAUUAAAUAUGCAGAUCUGAAGAUAAGAAUCAGAGAGUUGCAUGUUUUUAUCAGAUAUUUUCGAGCAGAUGUUACAGAUGUUACCAGCUGUAUCUGUGUUAUACUUUUGUCCAGGUUCGGUUCGGUUCUAAGUUCGGUUCGCUUGUACGGCUCCAAGUAUACAAUUAUAAUACACAUGCAAUCUGAGCUGAGCCAGCGAACCUAGGAGCGAACCGAACCUGCACAAUAGUUUAGCAGCGUAAGAUUUUUGUGUUGACCCUCGAGAAUUUUGUAGCACGCUCAUUUCAUUAAACUUUUACUUUGUAUUACUUUAUUUUAAACGAAACUGCUGGUGUUGAUCAAUCAAUCAAUUAUCUGAUUGACUGAUUGUUAUCUAAAGAUUUACUUUCUUAUAUGAAGAUGUGAACAUUUAAAUCUUGAUUGAAUCUUUUCUUUUUUGCAGACUACUACUAUCAGCAGCAAUCUCCAUUCUGAUAUCCUAUUUUAUUUGAUUUUCCUUUUUAAUUUUAAGAUUCUCCGCAUGGCACAUAGGUAUGUAUUUGAGGUUACCACCAUUUAUAUUGUUUGUGUUCAAAUUGUGUUAUUGUAAUUUUGUAGAUGUGUAUUAUCUUUACUAUUUAUUAUAAAUGGGAAACUUUUCAUGCUAAUUUUUAGUUGAAAAUUAUGUUGUGAGAAAUGAUGAUAUCUAGCGCGGUCAAUGGAUCGAAAUAAUUUUAUUUGAUCAUUGACAUUAAUGUCAUGUGAUUUUAUGAUAGCUAAUUUUUAUUUAUUGUGGAAUGUAAUCGUUUUACUUGUUUAGUCUUAUACAACGCAG